UUAUUAUUUUCUAUUAACUCAUAUCAAAUGGGGUGAAGAAAAAUAUUUCUCAUCAGCGAAACAGGCCCUAAUUGAAUCACCGCAACCCGCCUCGUACACACAAUCUCUGGAGGCUCAAGUCCUCGAGAACCGAUAAAAACACAUAAUCACCACAAGUUUCACUGAACUCUCCAUCAAUUCUAAAAAGGGUAGACUCUAGAAAGAAAAAGAAUCCCCAAUCCAUAAAGCCCUAAUCUUGCUGCAUAGUUAGGGCUUGUCUUCUCCAAUACUCUCUUUUCUUUCUCACUGCUUGAAACCCUCCAUAGCCAGCGAUGGACGCUCAGAGAGCUCUUCUAGACGAGCUCAUGGGUGCAGCGAGAAACCUGACGGAAGAAGAGAAAAAAGGGUACAAGGAGGUUACUUGGGAUGAUAAGGAGGUUUGUGGAUUCUAUAUGGUGCGGUUUUGUCCUCAUGAUCUCUUCGUCAACACUCGAAGUGAUCUCGGACCAUGCCCUAGAAUUCAUGAUCAAAAGUUGAAAGAAAGUUUUGAAAAGUCUCCAAGACAUGAUUCAUAUGUGCCUCGCUUUGAAGCUGAGCUUUCUCAGUUUUGUGAGAAAUUGGUUAUGGACUUGGAUAGAAGAGUGAGGCGUGGGCGUGAACGCCUUGCCCAAGAGGUGGAAGCAGCCCCACCUGCUCCACUUUCACUGGAGAAAUCUGAGCAAUUAUCUGUGUUAGAGGAAAAAAUAAAGAAUCUGUUGGAACAAGUUGAGGCCCUUGGUGAAGCUGGCAAGGUGGAUGAGGCUGAAGCACUCAUGAGGAAGGUGGAGAUGCUGAAUGCUGAGAAGACAGUCUUGACUCAACAACCCCAGAAUGACAAAGUCCUAAUGCUUGCACAGGAGAAAAAGAUGGCUCUGUGUGAAACCUGUGGUUCUUUUCUGGUAGCAAAUGAUGCUGCAGAGAGGACUCAGUCUCAUGUCACAGGAAAGCAGCAUAUUGGUUAUGGCAUGGUUCGGGAUUUCAUCACUGAGUACAAGGAAGCCAAGGAGAAGGCAAGGGAAGAAGAAAGAUUAAAGAGGGAGAAAGAAGCUGAAGAGAGGAGAAAGCAGAGAGAGAAGGAAUCUGAGAGCAGAAGUCGAAGAGCUGAUUCUGGUGAUAGGGACAGGACUCGUGACCGAGAUAGAGACAGGGAGCGGGAUCGAUACAGAGAACGAGAACGGGAUCGUGAAAGGCCUCGAGAGUGGAAUGGUAGAGGAUACAGAGAUGGAGGAAGAGGAACAGAUUGGAGGUACAGCAAUUCCAGGGAUGGAAGAGAUGGAGGCAGGGAUAGGUACCGUGAUCGGAGCAGGUCACGUUCCCCUGUUAGGCAUAGCCACAGGAGGUCCCCUCAAAGUCCAGUUCGGCCAUAUUAGUGGACUGUGUAGAUAGAUAUCUGAGCUUUGAAAUCAAGAGCUUUAUUGAGACUUUACCAUGGCCCUAUCACCAAUAUUGUUAGAGGAGAAAGGGUUGAGGUAGGUAUUGUAACUCUUUUUUUAUGAUCUAUUGUUAGGCUUUGGUUGAACUAAACAUCUUUUAUGAGUUGCUUCUCUGAAACAUUGUUUUCAGAGUCUUUUAUUGGGCUUCUUUUUUAUUGUCAUUGCUGGAUACAUUAUUGUCAAAUAGUUAAGAGGACAGAUCCAAAAUAUAUGCAUCAAUUACAGCUGCUGAGGAGGAUUAUGGUUUUUUUCUCAAAUCUGAGGUAACACAUAAAUCUCAAUUAUCCCGACGAAGCCCAUGGAUUAAUUUCCCUACUUAUCAUGGACUCAGGUUUUCUUUCUUUAUGGCCUUUCAGUUGUCAAGUGUCUUCAAGCAAAUCGUUGCUUGUAAAUGCUGCUCGAUGCUCUUCCCUUAACCUGCCCCUGUCCCUGCCCUUUUUUAGUUUAUGGUUCUUGAAUGACUUGAGCAGUGCAUGUGCAAUGCGCAUGAAUUGGAAGUUACAAAAAUCAGGAGACAUGGGGAAUCUGAGGGUAACUAAUUUGCCGACUCUAUGUUACUUGUUUUACAGAACUGGUGAUAGUUUUCAACUUUAAACUUCAUGGGCAGGGUCAGGCAGUGAACUAUGCUUCAGUUUGUCAAGUAGUACAUAGGUAACCUCUCUAUCUAUGCAGAGGGAUGCUCAUAGCUUCCUACCCAUAUAUCUUUCAAACUCAUUUUCUGAAGCAGAACCAUUGUUUCCACAUGCAUGAAUAUCUCCGUGGAUUGGGGUGUCGAGUCUCUUCCUGCUUCAAAAAAUAGUAAAAUUGCAACAGUGUGGGGUGCCUGGAGGUAACUAACUUGAUCUGUAGAAUAUGAUAUUUCUGUGUGGAGUUUGCAGGAAAGGCACCAAAGCAGGUAUUUUAUUGGGGCCUCGGUGGCAUAAAUUUGUGGCUGAUAAAAGUGGUAUUUAUAUAUAUAUUUUUUAUGAUAUGUAUGAAGAGUGACUUGUGCAGGGAAAUUAAUUUUACAACGUAGGUGCUGCUUGGUGAAUUACAUAUGAUGAACAGAGUAGGGAAAUUGAGGAAGUCCUUUUAUGUAAUUGAAAUUGACAGGAACAUGGCAUGUAAUGCUUGUAGAAACAUAUGCCACUGGUAAUUGAAGAUUUUUGUGCGC